CUUAUUUACUUCCUGUUGAUAAAAACGAGAAGAGCAAGUUCGCGUGUUGAAAUACGAAAUACAGGGGGAAACGCAAGACUUGUUUAUUACGCAGACAAACGACCUGGUGGCAAACUUGUAAUGGAGGAAGAUGAAUACACUGGGAGUGGCGGAAGCACCCCAGUGCAAGACGAGCCAAUGUACAUGGAAGGGGAAGGAGCCCAAGAGGAGAUGAUGAAUAUUGACCAGGCAAAGGAAAAUGACUCUGAUAUUGGAAGUGAGACUGGUUCUCAGAGAGGUGGCAUCAGGGCUGAUGAUGAGGAUGCUGAGUAUGUGAGUGAUGGAGGAGAAGUGGAGAGAGAGGAGGUUGAACAGGAAAUUGUGGAUGAUGAUGAGAUGCAUUCUGGGGAUGAGGGUCCAGCCUCUCCUGUAAGUAGAGGUGGGUCAUAUGACGGGAGUCCUCAAGGUUCACCUGAUGGAGAAGGGCCGUUGUCUCCAGAAACACCUCCAAUGUCGCCAGGGAGUGGACCAGCCUCCCCAGGAGAUAGUCCCCCACCAAGCCCUGCCCCUAGUGGCAGCCCACCUGGAUCACCAAUGGGAAGUGCCAGUCCCCCAGGGUCACCAAGUGGUCCUGCAUCUCCUGCUGGCAGUGGCAGCCCUCCAGGAUCUCCAUCAGGAAGUGCACAUGGAAGUAGAAGUCCAGCAUCACCUGUAGGUAGUGCUCCAGGAUCUCCAGCUGAAAGUGGAAGUGCUCCUGGCUCUCCCAGAGAAUAUGGAAGUGCUCCGGGUUCUCCAAGGGAAGAUGCUAGUCCUCCUGGAUCUCCGGCUGCUUCCCCAAUGUAUUCUCCAGCUAACAGUGGUCCUGCUUCUCCAUCUGGAAUAGAAAUUCCAUUUAUGUCCCCGGGAAGUGGGCCUGCUUCUCCCACAGGAAGUGGGCCUGCUUCUCCCACAGGAAGUGGGCCUGCUUCUCCCACAGGAAGUGGCAGUCCUCCUCGGUCACCAACAGGAAGUGGCAGUCCUCCCCACUCUCCAGCAGGAAGUGGUAGUCCUCCUCAGUCUCCCACAGGAAGUGGCAGUGUGCCAGGAUCACCAGCUGGAAGUAGACGGUCUCGAAGUGGUAGUCCAGCUUCCAGGUCCAGAAGUCGAUCUCAAAGUGGAAGUCGUGGUUCAGUGUCGAGAAGCAGAUCUCGGAGUGGAAGUCCUGCAUCUCAUCGUUCUCGAUCUGGCAGUAGUCAUAGCUCUCGUUCACGGUCACGAAGUGGAAGUCGUGGUUCUCGGCGCUCAGGUAGUGAAAGUUCUCGCGGAUCUCCAGCUGGACGGCGUCGGAUAGACUCUGAUAGUGAAGAUGAAGGAGCAAAGAAGUCAUUUAAGAAGAAAGCUAAAGGAAGUGACGACGAAGAUGAUAGUGACAAGGAGUCAGAAGUGGGCGAACUGAUCGCAGAUAUUUUUGGAUCCAGUGAUGAGGAGGAGGAAUUUGAGGGUUUCGGAGAGGAGGAUGUAGAAGCUGCAAAUAAGAAAAAGGAAAAGAAAAAGUCAACAAUUUUGUCUGAUGACGAAGAUGAAGGCACGGACCAAGUUACUGGAGAAGCAGAUACAAGCCAGGGUGCACAGGACAAUUCCGACGACGAUGUGAAUCGAGACAACGAUGGUGCAGGAUUUGUUUCCGACUUUGAACUGAUGAUGAUGAAAAAGAAAGAAGAAAACAGAAAGAACAGGAAGAAAAGGAAAGACUUUGACAUAAUUAAUGAUAAUGAUGAUCUCAUUGUGGACAUGAUAAAAAAGAUGAAGGAAGCAGCUGAGGCUGACCGAGAGCUGAAUACUCAAAAGAAGCCAGCCACAAGAAAACUGAAAUAUCUCAAGGAUGUGAAUUCUCAGUUAAAGAAGUCUGACUUACAUCUAGCUUUCCUGGACUGUGGAGUGUUAGCAGCUAUGACAGAGUGGCUGGCUCCAUUACCAGACAAGAGUUUGCCUCAUCUACAGAUUAGAGAUACCUUUCUAAAGCACCUGCAAGACUUUCCUACAGUGAGUAACGAAGGUCUGAAGGCCAGUGGGAUUGGCAAAGCAGUAAUGUACCUGUACAAACAUCCACGAGAGACAAAGAAGAAUAAAGAACGCUGUGGGAAACUCAUCAAUGACUGGUCACGUCCAAUUUUCAAUUUAACCUCCAACUAUAAGAUGUUGUCCAAGGAGGAAAGGGAACAACGAGAUUAUGAACAGCUGCCAAAGAGACGGAGAUUAAGCACGGAGGGAAUGACGCCCAGGAGAGACAUUGACAAUGCCUUGGCUGGAGACCAACAGGCGCUACGACCAGGUGACAAAGGCUGGAUCAUGAGAGCGAGGGUUCCUAUGCCAUCUAACAAAGAUUAUGUUGUGAGGCCGAAAUGGAAGGUUGAGGAGAUGGUCAAGUCAUCAAGAAAAAAAGAUAUUACAAGAUAUGAAAAACAUGCAAGGUCAUUUGCUGAAAGGAAGAAAGUAGGAAAAGGCCAGCGUGCGGUGACAAUAAGCAUUGAAGGGAGAAAAAUGGCGUUAUGAGAGAAAGAUUUCAUCAUUGAGUGGAGAGAGAAAGACUUAUGAUAGAAUGUGUGUAUGAUGGUAGAAUGUGUGUAUGAUGAUAGAAUGUGUGUAUGAUGGUGAGGAGAGUGAUUGUGUUUAUUAUUGGAUGGAGAAGAAAGACAUUCAUGGAGAUGGAGAACUUUUAUAUGCCAUUAAGAGAAAUUGUGUUAUUUGUUGUAUGAUGAACAAUCUGAAGGGAAGUGCUUGUACAUUGACGAAUUAUCAGCUGAUCUGUCAUACUUUAAGAUUACAUUACGACUGUUUAGACUUAUUCGAGGGAGAUUAAAAUCCAACUGUUUCAGACUUAUUCGAGGGAGAUUAAAAUCCGACUGUUUCAAACUUAUUCGAAGAAGAUUAAAAUCCAACUGUUUUAGACUUAUUCGAGGGAGAUUAAAAUCCGACUGUUUCAGACUAGUUGAGGGAGAUUACAAAACAAGUGUUUCAGACUUAUUCAAGGAAGAUUAAAAUCCGACUGUUUCAGACUUAUUUGAGGGAGAUUAAAAUCCAACUGUUUCAGACUUAUUCGAGGGAGAUUAAAAUCCAACUGUUUCAGACUUAUUCGAGGGAGAUUAAAAUCCUACUGUUUCAAACUUAUUCGAGUGAGAUUAAAAUCCAACUGUUUCAGACUUGUUUGAGGGAGAUUAAAAUCCAACUGUUUCAGACUUAUUCGAGGGAGAUUAAAAUCCUACUGUUUCAAACUUAUUCGAAGAAGAUUAAAAUCCAACUGUUUUAGACUUAUUCGAGGGAGAUUAAAAUCCGACUGUUUCAGACUAGUUGAGGGAGAUUACAAAACAAGUGUUUCAGACUUAUUCGAGGGAGAUUAAAAUCCAACUGUUUCAGACUUGUUCGAGGGAGAUUAAAAUCCAACUGUUUCAGACUUAUUCGAGGGAGAUUAAAAUCCUACUGUUUCAGACUUAUUCGAGGAAGAUUAAAAUCCAACUGUUUUAGACUUAUUCGAGGGAGAUUAAAAUCCGACUGUUUCAGACUAGUUGAGGAAGAUUACAAAACAAGUGUUUCAGACUUAUUCGAGGAAGAUUAAAAUCCGACUGUUUCAGACUUAUUUGAGGAAAUUAAAAUCCGACUGUUUCAGACUUAUUCAAGAGAGAUUAAAAUCCGAAUGUUUCAGACUUAUUCAAGAGAGAUUAAAAUUCGACUGUUUCAGACUUAGUUGAGUGAGAUUAAAAUUUGACUGUUUCAGACUUUUAUAAUCCCCCAGUAAGGCCUUGCCAUGCAGUGAGUUAUGUAGGUUAUUGAUCAGCCUUUCAAUCAAAGCCAAAUUAUUUACAUAGCAAAUUCUUUACUAAUGGUUCAUUGAUUAACAAAUAAAAUUGUUAGCUGAUGUGGCCUCGUUAUAAAGAAUUUCAUACCACAAAGAGUUACCAAUUAGUGCUAACCAUCUAACUUCUCUGUUCAACAAAAGCUAUGGUACAGUGGUAUUUCAGGACUGGUAAUUUUACCUCCCUGUUCAGCAUCCAAUCAGAAAUAAUUUGUUUAUAACUCUGUGGAGCCACUUAAGUACAGUGAGUUAUUCUCGAGUACUUGUCACUGUACCUUCCACAUUCAACAUUCAAUAAGAAAUAACUACUGUCACAUAGCAACACGUCCAUUUGUUACACUAUGAUUAACUCUUAAUGUUAUUUUACCGUAUUUAACCAGUAGUUAACCUGUGUCCCAGUUGAGUAGAAAGAUUAUUUCAUUGUUCUGCAAUAAGUCCAGAGGUUCACCAAGAAUUGACCAAGUGCUGGUCACCUAAUUUCUCCACAGAACUCAUGAAAUAUAUAUCCAACAGGAAACAUCCAGAAAUAAAGCAGUUCUGUACAUAGUGGUUGUUGGAGAAGAUGCAGCCUAUUAUAAAGACAUCGAGUCUGAUGUCUGAUAUCUGAUACAUGUCUGAUAUCUGAUAUCUGUUACAGGUCUGAUAUCUGAUACAGGUCUUAUACAUGUCUGAUACAGGUCUGAUAUCUGAUACAGGUCUGAUAUAUGAUACAGGUCUGAUAUCUGAUACAGGUCUGAUAUCUGAUACAGGUCUGAUACAGGUCUGAUACAUGUCUGAUAUCUGAUACAUGUUUGAUACAGGUCUGAUAUCUGAUACAGGUCUGAUAUCCGAUACAGGUCUGAUAUCCGAUACAUGUCUGAUAUCUGAUACAGGUCUGAUAUCUGAUACAUGUCUGAUAUCUGAUACAUGUCUGAUAUCUGAUACAUGUCUGAAGGUCGGAUACAGGUCUGAUAUCUGAUAUAUGAUAUAGGUCUGAUAUCUGAUACAGGUCUGAUAUCUGAUUCAUAUCUGAUACUUGUCUGAUAUCCGAUACAGGUCUGAAAUCUGAGACAGGUCUGAUAUCUGAUACAGGUCUGAUAUCUGAUACAUGUCUGAUAUCUGAUACAGGUCUGAUAUUUGAUACAUGUCUGAUAUAUGAUACAGGUCUGAUACAUGUCUGAUAUAUGAUACAGGUCUGAUACAUGUCUGAUAUAUGAUACAGGUCUGAUAUCUGAUACAUGUCUGAUAUCCGAUACAUGUCUGAUAUAUGAUACAUGUCUGAUAUCUGAUACAGGUCUGAUAUCUGAUACAUGUCUGAUAUAUGAUACAGGUCUGAUAUCUGAUACAUGUCUGAUAUCCGAUACAUGUCUGAUAUAUGAUACAGGUCUGAAGGUCUGAUAAAGGUCGGAUACAGGUCUUGAUAUCUUGUACAUAGGUCUGAGAUAGGAUAUAUUGCCUGUCAAACUUUAUUCUGGUAUUAUUUUAAUGUUGGUGGUGAUUUUUUGCUUAAUGGGACUUUUUUCUUGUCCGUUACAUGCAUGUUUUAAAUCAUUUGAGUAUGACUUUCACUUGAAAAGUGAGACAUUUGAGAAAAUCUAACGUGUAUGAUCAUCUGUUGAUGGAAUUCUGAUGAUGCUGUUAAAAUCAUAGAAAUCAUUUUUCAAAAACAUUCAUUUUCUUUUCACAAAAAGUCUGUAGAAACAGUUAAUCGACCAGUAGUACUGACUAAUUGGAUAGCUCGCCUAGUGAUGAACAGUAAAAGUCUAUGGAAACAGUUAUUUGACCAGUAGUACUGACUAAUUGGACGGCUGGCCUGGUGAUGAACAGUAAAAGUCUAUGGAAACAGUUACUUGACCAGUAGUACUGACUAAUUGGAUGGCUCGCCUAGUGAUGAACAGUAAAAGUCUAUGGAAACAGUUAUUUGACCAGUACUUACUAAUUUGACGGCUCGCCUGGUGAUGAACAGUAAAAGUCUAUAAAAACAGUUAUUUGACCAGUAGUACUGACUAAUUGGAUGGCUGGCCUGGUGAUGAACAGUAAAAGUCUGUAGAAACAGUUAUUUGACCAGUAGUACUGACUAAUUGGAUGGCUGGCCUGGUGAUGAACAGUAAAAGUCUAUGGAAACAGUUAUUUGACCAGUAGUACUGACUAAUUGGAUGGCUGGCCUGGUGAUGAACA